UGCGAGUAGGGGUCCGAGUGCAAGGUCCUGGGUGCGAUGUAGGGAAGGCUGGUGGCGGCUGCGGGGGUAGCUUUGCCCUCGUGCCCAGCAGAGGCGGCCUCAGCGCCGGGGGCGUGUGGUGUGGCGGGGCCGACCCUGGGAAUCCCGGAGCCGCCCGCUCUGUGAGCCCCGCAGGGCCCGCACACGCCAAGGCCCAGGGUCGGCUGAACAGGGCCCCUAGGGUCCGCCGGCCGGGUGGGGUAGCGAAGGAAGAAUGAGCAAGGGGAAACGUAAGCAGGGAACGGAAGUGCGGAUGGCGGUGGAGUGCUGUGUCACCCACAACUUCAGGCGCGGAUCUCGUCCGGAGAGGCGCACGGGAAGUCUGUGGCUGUGGACGAUCACUACUUUUUGUGUGUUAAUGGCUAAAACUUUGUCAUGAACCGGGCCCUUCACUCCCGCUUUACUUUUCAUUGCAAAGUUCUUUUGCUUAUCUCUGAAUUCUGUAUUAAUUCAUUACUGGGCUGGAGAAGUUGAAAACGGAUUUCUUAUAUAGAAUUUAAACCUUCUCUCAGAAGUGUAUAGUAGAGCUAAAGAAGACAGCAACCAACCAGGGGUCAUCUGAAAUUGUAAUUGGCUCACUAAUAAUCCCAGGACAAAGUUAGAGAUCACAACUGAAGCAUAAGGUAGAUGAUUUUUUAAAUCCCAGCUGAAAUUCUCCCCUUUUCUAAGACCGCUAUAAAGAUGUUUGAUAUAAAGGCUUGGGCCGAGUACGUUGUGGAAUGGGCUGCAAAGGAUCCAUAUGGCUUCCUUACAACAGUUAUUUUGGCCCUUACUCCAUUGUUUCUAGCAAGUGCUGUACUCUCUUGGAAAUUGGCCAAGAUGAUUGAGGCCAGGGAAAAGGAGCAAAAAAAGAAACAAAAACGACAAGAAAAUAUUGCAAAAGCUAAACGACUAAAAAAGGAUUGAAGGAAUGAACAGGCUCUGCAACCAGAGUAAAAUCAUUUGGAAAAUUGUGCAGCUUUGGAAGGACCCACUAAGGCUUUUCUGGAUUCUCUGACAGUAUUUAGUAAAUGAAGUCUGAGCAUAUGGAAGAAUCAUGUUAGUUCUGACCUCUACUGUAGCAACUUUUAUGCUUUGGUGUAAAAGUCUGUUGAUAGUUAUUGUAAGUUGGCAUUUGUUGUACUACAAAUUUCUUUAUAACCAACCUAGUCAUUUGCCAUUUUGCAUCGUAUGUAAGGAAAUGUAAACAUCCUGAAGAAAAAAAAAUGACUUUAGAUUAUGAACUCUGUUCAAUUAAUUGCUUAAAAUGGGGUCCUGUUCUGGACAAAGGAAAUUCAGAAUGUAAAAAUCAGAAUUGUCCUGAGGUGAAAAGUGUACUUUGGCUUAAGAGAGAUACAGUGUAUUAAUUAUAUCUUUUAUCACUAUUGCUUUAGAAUCAUUUUUGGCUUUCUCAAAAUAAUCGAGUACUUCUAUUUUCUGCAUUUUUCUCAUUUUAGCCUUUGAGAUACUGGUAAGUUAUCACAUAUUCUGCAGUUUUAAAGUCUAAUUUUAUAAAGAAUUAUCUUAUUUUCUUGACAAUGUAGAAUACCACCUACCCGAUAUAACAAUUUUUGUACUGAUGAACACUGCCUUUUUCUUAUGAGAUGCUAAGUAGAGUAAAGCUUGCAGUAAAAAUGCCAAACCUUGUAGUACUUUGGAACCAGUUUAUUCUAACUUGUGCUAAGCAGAAAUGAGAAAUAGUUAAAAUGUCCUAUCUGAUAAUUUGCUAAUUAUAUAGCUGCCAUUUUUACUUUUUAUUCCAUUUUUUGUUUUAACUCAUGGUAGUUAUGUCUGAUACUUUUUGAUCAAACAAGUUCAUGAUGAACAUUAAAAUUUCAAAUUUCUUUUAAGGAACUCAAUAAGUCACAUUUCAUAAGUGGUAAAGAAAGUCUUAACAUUUGGAAAAAUUUUGUUUAGCAUAGUAGUAACUGGGUGAAAAAGAUAAAUUAUGUCAAUGAGAAUGUUAGAAAUAAGCUAAUAGAUAUUUCAAUUAAAUAGUAUAACUGGAACUUUUUACUGUUAAAAAUGGCUUUUAUAAAUGCAUGGUCCAAUAAUUUUACUUGCUGUCAGUAUUUAACAGCUUAUUAAUGUUUUCCUCACCUCUGAUCAUGAAUUUUAAAUUACAAAAAUUAUCUAACAGCUUCUAUUUAAAAAUGAAACUAGAUAUCGAAAUAAAUUUGUUACUUUUAUAAGGAGGUCCUGGUUUUUUUGGUUUUUUUUGUUUGUUUUUUUAGGAGGGGAUAAUUAAAUACAAAUUAGGUGUGCUAUGCAAGUUAGACUUUUCAAAGGGUUAUGAAUUUCAUUUAUAGCUAAGCAUAUUUGUAAAAGUCAAGGGCAAUGUUUCUCAAAUAUGAGAACCUAAGGACCCCUGAGAAUGUUUAUGGACUUGUUUGAACAACAACACUUAUUAUUUUAGGUUGCCAGUUCCUAAUUGAUGCCAUUGUAAUCAACACAUUGCAACCCUAGGUACAGAAAUAAUUCAAUGUUUAGAUAUGAGUUAUACAAGUGAUCUAGGAUAUGCUUUUUGUAUUGAAGUUAAAGUAAAACUUUAAAAUAAUUUUUAGAUAUACCUACUAACCCUCAUGGGUCUGCAGAGCCCAGUUUAAGAAAAACUAAGUUAAGAUAUAUCUAAAAUGCUUUUGGGUUUCUGCUAUCAAGCUGUUCACGGAAGGAAUAUAUAUAUACAUAUAUCUUGCUUAUGGCCACAUUUUAGAGUAAAAGUACUAAAAGCAAAAGAUAUAUUCACCAUAAUGCUUAUCUAGUAAAGCUGUAGUUCCAUUGGUUGUGAUAAUUUAAAGGUAUUUAUUUAACCGAAAUCUGUUUUUCUAUAAUUUUUGUUGUCUUAACAUGCAAAUUUUAUAUUUCUUAGGCAUAUGCCAUUUGCUUCUUCAGUUUUUCCCAACAUUUAUGGAGCCUUUUUAUACAUUUGAGGUCAACAAGGUUUUAUAAUAUU